CCUGUGAAGAGAUAAAAGGGGCUGUGAAAGGCUUGUCGAGCAGACACUCCUGGUUGAUCAGACCUCAACGGACAGACAGAACUGCACAGUGUGAAAAAGAAAAAAAAGCGCCAAGAUGUGUUGCUCCGGCUUUCUCAAAAUUAUGAUGUUCAUCUUCAAUGGUUGCAUCUUUUUGGCAGGUGCAGCCAUCCUGGGUGUGGGAGUGUGGGUGAAGGUGGACAGUGGUUCUCUGCUGGGGUUAGUGGAGGACGUGGAUGGCGCUCCGUCUGGUUUAUCCCAGCUGGCAAACGUCGCCUACCUGCUCAUCGCCGUGGGUGCUGUGCUGCUGCUGAUCGGCUUCCUGGGCUGCUGUGGAGCUGUCAAGGAGAGCAGGUGUAUGCUGCUGACGUUCUUCAGUAUUGUGCUGAUUCUCUUCCUCGUCGAGGUCGCAGGAGCUGUGGUGCUGCUCGUCUUCACUGGCUUGGCCGAGGAUCUCCUUGGUCAGCUAGAAGUCGAAGUCCAACAAAGCAUCAGAAAGCAGUAUGGAAUCACUGAAGGCUUCACUUCUCUUUGGAAUGCCACCAUGGAGGAGUUUACGUGCUGCGGAUACAAGAACUACACAGAUUUUGAAGGAUCCCCUUUCUUCAAUGAGCACGGAAUGGAUGUUUAUCCACAAACAUGUUGUAACGAAACCAUCACCGUUGGCGUGUGCAACACAUUCGAAGCAGAACGUUCGAAUAUUGAUGGCUGCUUACAGAGGCUUCUGCAGCUGAUAGAGGAAAAUGCUGUGAUCAUUGCUGCUGUGAUUCUUGGAAUCGCUGCUCUUGAGAUUGCUGCCAUGGUGGUUUCCAUGGUUCUCUACAAGCAGAUUGGCAACAAGGCAUGAUUUUUCCUGUUUGGGAUGAGAUGGCAACAGUGUAAUUGUUUGAGAAAUGUAACUUGCAAGCUGUUUUUUAUGUAUAACAUUUCUAUUUCAUUUAUAAUAGACAGAUUCUCAGGCAGACAUACUUUUAAUGCUCUACAUGCACUAUUCUGAGGUCAAAAGACCAAGUCAAUGGAUCACAUUUAUACUGUGAUUUAUUUAUGUUUUAAGAAGGGCUGCUUUCAGCAAAUGUUGUAUGUGCUGAUACAUAUGGGUAGUAAUAUGUGAUGACGCACAGGGCAGAAAGGAUGCAAAUCACGUCAGUUGUUUAUGUCCCUCACAUUCAAGCUGUAUUAUAAUGAAUUUAUUUUUGUAUCUUUAUAAUUGAAAUAAUAAAUAUCACAAUCUCACAUUUUUAUUACA